AUGAGAAUCGCAAUUACUGGUGCUCGUGGCUCUGUUGGCCGAGACGUGGUCAAGCUUUGCGCGGAUGCCGGCCACUCCACAGUGCAGAUCAACCGCACCGACACCGACUAUGACGGCACGCCCCGCUCGGAAAUGGCGACGGCGGACGUUGCCAACGACUAUGACGCCUGCCUCAAAGCAUUCAAGAACUGCGAUGCCGUCAUCCAUCUUGCGUCGAUCCCCGACCCUGUCGAUAAGCCAGAUCACAGGGUCCACAACAACAACGUCAACUCUGCAUUCAACUGCUUCCGCGCCGCGGCUGAACUAGGCAUCAAGCGAUUCUGCUAUGCUUCGUCGGUGAACGCCGUGGGACUGGCGUAUGCAAACCAGCCACUCAAAUUCGACUACUUCCCCGUUGAUGAAGACGCACCGCAGCGGCCAACAGAUUCCUAUGCGCUGGCUAAGCAGGAGGCCGAGAUCCAGGCACGCUCGUUCGCGACAUGGUUCCCUGGAAUGAAGAUCGCGUGUCUGCGUAUUCACGAGGUCGCUCCCCUCAAGGACGUGCAGAAGGAGCACCAGGAAGACUGGGAGAAUGCCGCUGUUAAGCAGUUAUGGGGUUGGGUGAACCCUCGGGCGACAGCGAGGGCGUGUCUGCUGGCCGUGGAACGGAGCGAUAACUUUGAGGGAUGUCAGGUCUUCAACAUCGUGACACCGACUACCACCCAAGACACACCCUCGGAGGAGUUGGCCAAGAAGUAUUAUCCCGGAGCUGAAAUUCGAGGCGAUAUGUCCAAGAAUCAGAGCUUUUUUGCCGUUGACAAGGCACAGAGAAUUCUUGGAUGGACUCAUGAUGAGAAGGAGUGA